AUUAAACCUAAAAUAAAAUAAUCUAAUUUAUUCGUUUUCAAACCUGUAGCUCUCUAUAAGUGUUCUUCCCAGAGGAUCAUGGUAACGCAUCAGAAAUCAAACUAAUUAGUACUAGUACUCUUGUCGUCUUUAUACAUAGAGAUAAAUACAAGGAAUGGAUUCCGAAGCCGAAAAGAAGCUGUACAAUGCAUGUCUGAAAGGAGACGUAAGGAUGUUGGAAGCACUGAUACGAGAAGAUGAACUCACACUUGCUCGAGUUUCGAUAUCAUCUUACUUUAACCAAACACCCUUGCAUCUUGCUUCUAUGUUAGGUCACUCUGAAUUUGCUGAAUUUCUUCUCUCCCAUAAGCCUGACUUUGCGAACCGGUUUGAUUCACAAGGUCGUUCUGCUCUUCAUUUGGCAUCUGCAAACGGAUACGCGAAUAUCGUUAAACUAUUGUUGGCACAGAAUGAGACUAUGUGCAGUGUUCCUGAUGUGGACGAAAGGACCCCUCUCCAUUUGGCUGUGAUGAAUGGCCAAUACGAUUGCGUUGAGGAGUUUAUAAAAGCCAACUCUAAGUCUAAUGAUCAAGGACUUGAUGCAGUAUUGCACAUGUGUGUUAUGUGUAAUCGUUUGGAUGUUCUGAUUCUUGUUUUAGGCAAGAAUCCCAUUGAUUUGUCGGAUGUCAAAGAUGAGGAUGGUAAUACUAUUCUACAUUAUGCUGCAGGUUUACGACGUAUACAGAUAGUUAAGUACCUGGUCACAACUAGAAGUGAAGCCGAGGUGAACGUAAAGAAUAACAAAGGUCACACGGCUUUGGACACAAUAGAGGAGAUGCUUAAAGAUGUAAAAGCCAUGGAAAUUAAGCAACUUCUUGUCUCAGUUAGUACUAAAAAGACCCAAGAAGCACCAGCAGGACCUGGCAUCUUUAACAAGCUGUUACAUUCGGCCAAAAAAAUAAAAAAAUUCGCCAUCUUUCAGGACAAAAUGGAAACGAAAGACGAGACAUUACUGGUAGCAGCAUCUGUGAUAGCCGCAAUGGCCUACACAUCGGCUAUUAGCCCUCCCGGUGGCGUUGCUUCAAUGGAUGCCGCAAGUUAUUCAGUCAGUGACCCGUGGUACUUUAGUUAUUUUCUUGCACCCGGAAGCUCCCUUCUCGCCUACUUCUUCGCGCCACUGAGCAAUACCUUUUGGGUAUUUAACACCAUCUCGUUUAUAGCUGCACUAAGUGUAAUCUUUAUAUAUGUCACUGGUGCGAGCCUGAAGCAGAAGCUCAUCGUUUGGUCUAUUCGCGGCGCGAUGUGGAUAACUCUUUCGGCCAUGAUUUUUGCCUAUGAGGCUGCAGUUAGAGCCACCACUCCGAAAUAUCAUCAGAAUAACAGAACACUUUAUACAAUUAGAGUUGGACUGUAUUCAUGGUUGGCCUUGAUGGUCAUCGCGGUACUGGUGGUUGUUUUUCAUGUUUGCCGCUACAUAGUGAAGACAAUUUCUACGAUAUUGAGUGACAGGAACAAGAAAAUGGACGCCUCCACUUUCAGAAACUCGAUGCAAAAAUCAAUAUCUCGUAAGGAUUAUGACAAACUCUAGCUGCACUUCUUCAGUUUAUUUACCUUGCGUUGUUUGUACUGUAUUUACGUUGUUCUCUUUGUUUAAAAAUGUAAUAUCGUGUUUUGUAUUUCCAUUCUCCAAGUUCCAUGUACAGUAGGAUGAGGGGUGUAUUUACUUGGAUUUCUUCGCAUCUGCAAAUCUUCAAAAGGCCUAUUAA